AUGGACGACGAAAGUGAAAAUUUCCGAGAGGGCCUCUGGCAACAUAACCAGGAAUUUACAGACUUUACCUUUAUCUGUGGAGCUGCCCAAUUCCCAGUCCACAAGGUCAUCGUCUGCAGUCAAUCAAAGGUCUUUCAUGCAGCAUGCACCGGGGCUUUCAAGGUUGGUUUGCCUUUGAUACUCAUGGGCGUAUCUAACAUUGCGCAGGAAUCCUCCACGAACGAGUUCGAUCUGUCAGAGUCAUCUGUAGAUCAUGUAACAUGGCUGAUUGAUUUCCUUUACAAAGGAGCAUACGGUGUAGAAUCCUCGAAAGAUUCCACUCUCGCCGACCACAUUUACAUGUUCGCGAUGGGUGACAUGUACGGCAUUGAGCCACUUGCUCAAUAUGCAGCAGAGCAGUUCCGUACCGGAAUUUCCGACACUCUAAAGUUGCAAGAUAUUCUCCCUUUGAUCCCUAAGGUCUAUAACUUGAGCCCAGAGCAUCGACGAGAGCUGCGCGAGCAGGUGGUCGGUUUCAUGAGGUCCCCAUUCCAUGGGAAUAAGGAGGGAAACGAUGCAAGAGAAUGGUAUGAUGACAUGGCUGAACAGUGUCCCGACUUCAUCAAGGAUCUGCUUUUGAGUUUCUUCGACGGGUCUGGUUGGAGCAUCUAUGAUGAUCAAUGA